GAGCGAAAGAAGAGAGAGAGAGAGAGACCGACCAAAGAAGCUCCUCUCAAUCACUGUCGAAGCAUCUCUUCUUCUUCUUUUUUUUCUCUCUCAGGCUCUCUAAUCGGCUUCUCCGGACAUGUAUGCUCGCAAUCCUCCCAUCAAUGGCUCACAAUCUGCUCAAGCUCCCGACUGGACCCCCGGAGAUGCCGAUACUACUGGACUCGAAGAAUCGAUGUGGCGAUUAGGGUUGGGUAGCGAGUCGUACCCUGAGCGACCAGGUGCCCCUGACUGUGCCUACUACAUGCGAACUGGUGUCUGUGGUUACGGUAACAGAUGUCGUUACAAUCACCCUCGCGAUCGUGCCUCGGUUGAAGCAACUGUUAGAGCUACAGGGCAGUAUCCAGAACGUUUAGGUGAACCCCCAUGCCAGUUUUACUUGAAAACUGGAACCUGUAAAUUUGGGGCGUCAUGCAAAUUCCACCAUCCAAAGAAUGCAGGUGGAUCCAUGAGCCACGUUCCACUAAAUAUAUAUGGAUACCCAGUACGAGAGGGUGAUAACGAAUGCUCCUACUAUUUGAAAACGGGGCAAUGCAAAUUUGGUAUAACCUGUAAAUUUCAUCAUCCUCAGCCUGCUGGUACAACUGUCCCACCACCACCACCAGCAUCUGCACCUCAGUUUUAUCCAUCGGUGCAGUCACUUAUGCCUGACCAGUAUGGAGGUCCAUCUUCUAGCUUGAGAGUUGCAAGAACUCUUCUUCCCGGUUCCUAUAUGCAAGGCGCCUAUGGUCCAAUGCUAUUAACCCCGGGGGUCGUUCCUAUUCCAGGCUGGAGUCCUUAUUCGGCACCUGUGAGCCCUGCUCUAUCUCCUGGUGCUCAGCACGCUGUUGGGGCAACUUCUUUAUAUGGAGUUACACAGCUCUCUUCCACCACUCCUUCGCUUCCCGGGGUUUAUCCAUCUCUGUCCUCUCCUACAGGUGUUAUACAGAAAGAACAGGCCUUUCCAGAGAGACCUGGUGAACCAGAGUGCCAAUACUAUUUGAAAACAGGAGAUUGUAAGUUUGGAACAUCUUGUAAGUUUCAUCAUCCUCGAGAUCGGGUUCCACCAAGAGCUAAUUGCAUCCUCAGCCCCAUUGGUCUUCCUCUACGCCCGGGUGUGCAACGCUGCACUUUCUAUGUACAAAACGGCUUCUGUAAGUUUGGAUCAACAUGUAAAUUUGAUCAUCCAAUGGGAACCAUCAGAUACAAUCCUUCUGCAUCGUCUCUAGCUGAUGCACCGGUGGCUCCUUACCCAGUGAGCUCUCUCUUGGGUGCUCUCGCAGCAGCGCCUUCUUCUUCAUCGACUGAGCUCAUAACAGGCGGUGCAAAAGAUCCGUACUUGACCGGUGUGCCUACAUCAAGAAGCACAUCAAGCAUCUCGGCAGGUUUGAUUUUCUCCCAGAGUGGUGGCUCAAUUCCAUUCUCUGACCUGCAACUCUCGAGCCAGACAUCUCUUCCUCUAACAGACGAGGGGAAGCACACACUAAUCCUAGAAUCGAUCAAUAGCAUUGGGAAAGUGUCUAAGCAAAGUGUUGCUGCUAAAAGAGCGUUUCGUCCAAGUUCCAGCAUCAGACACACUCCUCAAUGGCCUGUCUCCGACGUUACGAGUGACUUAACCAUCGAAGUCGGCUCUGCCAGCUUUUCCCUUCACAAGUUUCCCCUCGUCUCCCGGAGUGGGAGAAUCCGGAAACUUGUUCUGGAAUCAAAAGACAAGAACCUGAACCUAGCCGUAGUUCCAGGCGGCUCAGAAUCGUUCGAGCUCGCUGCAAAGUUCUGCUACGGCGUUGGCGUCCAAUUCAACUCGUCCAACAUUGCGGCUUUGCGCUGCGUGGCUCAUUACCUGGAGAUGACAGAAGAGUUGUCGGAGAAGAACCUGGAGGCGAGAACAGAGGCCUACCUCAAAGACUCCAUUUUUAAUGACAUUUCGAAUUCGAUCACUGUUCUUCACUCCAGCGAGAGGCUACUGCCUGUAGCUGAAGAGAUCAACCUCGUCGGGAGGCUGGUCAACGCAAUCGCUGUAAACGCCUGCAAAGAACAGCUAGCCUCUGGUUUGCUCAAGCUUGAUCAGAAUUUCAGCUGCGGCUUGCCGGAGACUGAGAAACCUUGUGACUGGUGGGGACGCUCUCUUCCCAUCCUCAAGCUCGAUUUCUUCCAGAGAGUUCUCUCCGCCAUGAAAUCCAAAGGUCUCAAUCACGAGAUUAUCAGUGACAUCCUCAUGAGCUACGCUCGCAAAUCACUGCAAAUCAUCAGAGAACCGAGUCUCGUCAAAUCAGAUUCCGAUCUGCAGAGGAAGCAGCGAAUCGUCCUUGAAGCGGUCGUGGGGCUCCUCCCAACGCAAGCCAACAAAAGCUCUAUUCCGAUAUCGUUCCUCUCUAGCUUGUUGAAGACCGCUAUAGGAUCUGGAACCUCCGUCUCUUGCAGAUCGGAUCUGGAGAGACGGAUCAGCCACCAGCUCGACCAGGCGAUCCUGGAAGACAUCCUUAUUCCGGCGAACAUCGGCGCCAUGUACGACACCGACUCGGUGCAGAGAAUCUUCUCCAUGUUCCUGAACCUUGACGAGUGCGACUACAGAGAUGAUGAUGACGACGAGGACGCUGGAGAUGCGGUGGACGAGAGCGAGAUGGCGAUUUACGAUUUCGAGGGGGCUGAGUCUCCGAAACAGAGCUCCAUCUUCAAGGUGUCGAAGCUCAUGGAUAGUUAUCUCGCUGAGGUGGCUCUCGACUCGAGCCUCCCUCCCUCCAAAUUCAUUGCUCUCGCAGAGCUUCUCCCUGACCAUGCUCGCGUCGUCUGCGAUGGUCUCUACCGAGCCGUUGAUAUCUUCCUCAAGGUUCAUCCCCACAUGAAAGAUUCAGAACGUUACCGUCUCUGCAAGACAGUCAGCUGUAAGAAACUGUCGCAGGACGCAAGCAGCCAUGCGGCGCAAAAUGAGAGGCUUCCGGUUCAGAUUGCUGUUCAAGUCCUGUUCUACGAACAGACACGGCUCAAGAACGCCAUGACCAGCGGCGGUGGCACAGGAGGUUCGAGCCAAAGCCAGUUCUUCUUGUUCACAAACCGCUCGGGAAGCGGGAUGGCAAGCGGAGCGAUCUCGCCGCGGGACAACUAUGCGUCAGUGAGAAGAGAGAACAGAGAGCUGAGACUGGAAGUGGCGAGGAUGAGGAUGAGGCUAACGGACCUCGAGAAGGAUCAUGUUUCGAUGAAGAAAGACUUCGUGAAGCCGCAGAGCAGGAGAAGGCGUUAUGGAAUGUUGAGGAAGCUCUCAAGAGGUCUGAACAAGUUGAACGCAAUCGUUUUGAGAUUUAGGAGCAGCCAAAGUACUCCCAAGAACGGUAAGCAUAUGGAGGAGAAGACGAAUUCGGAAAGACGAUUCAUGUUUCAGAAGAGAAGAUGUCACUCUGUUUCUUGAGUUUCUUCUUCUUCUAGGCUUUCUAAUGCUUUUGUGCAUGUAAUCUCUUUAAAAGAAAAAAAAGUGGAGAGAGAAUUUGAUUGUAUAAAUUUGUAAUUUACAGAUUCCAGGGUUGCAUUAUGGAGUCAAACUUUCCCAAGUUUGUAAGCUUGUCUCUUGUUGUAUAUAGCCGUAGUUGAUGAUAUGGAUCAACAAGUUUUGCUUGAUUGCUUUGUCAGUACAAAUAGGAAUAUAAAAAAAAAAUUAAUGU